UUGUGAGCAAAUUCCAUAGUAGUUCAAGUAUUUUAUUUCCAUUGACCAAAAGUCAUACAGAAUUGAAAAUCGAAACAAAACACAGACUUCUCAAAACGAGGCUCAUCGAAAUUCCAAAUUGUUGCAAUCCUUGGACUUGCGGCUUAGCAAAUAAAAGACGAAGCAAAAAGAAUAAAGCAAAAACAACAACAGUCGAUAACAAAGUAUCAUAUGUCAUCCUAUCAGAAACACACAUCCGCAGCCACAUCCUCAGCCACGUCCAUCAAUUACCUGUCCAAGGAUGCCGCCGUUGGCUACUGCAUGGACAUUGUGGCCAAGAAAAACCGAAUCUUGGCAGCGAAGCAAGCGGUAACGGAGCCAGCCACACACUUGUCAUCGGGCGAGAGCAGCUGCGAGCUGCUGUCGUCCCAUCUGGACGAGAUCAUCGCACGGCUCACAGAGCCGAUCUUGGUGGACGGGAGUAUGGCGCUCGAGGAGCACGAGAUCUGUGAGAUUUGCGCACAGGCGCGCGAGCUGCUGCUCAAGGAGCCAAUGCUGCUAAAGCUUCGUGCGCCUAUCAACAUCCUGGGCGAUUUGCACGGACAGUUCCACAAUCUGCUCAAGUACUUUAAGGUCUCGGGCUAUCCGCCAAAUGCCAAUUACCUGCUCCUCGGCGACUAUGUGGACCGCGGCAAGCAGUCUGUGGAAACAUUGACCCUGCUGCUGGCGCUGAAGCUGCGCUAUCCGGAUAACAUCUAUCUGCUGCGCGGCAACCACGAGAGCUCCAGCGUGAACCGCAUCUACGGCUUCUACGACGAGUGCAAGCGCCGGUACACGGUCAAGCUGUGGCGCAGCUUUGUCGACUGCUACAGCUGCAUGCCGGUGGCGGCGGUAGUCGAGGACAAUAUCUUUUGCUGUCACGGCGGACUGAGUCCGAGUCUGUUCAGCAUGGAUCAGAUACGCAAGAUCUCGCGGCCAUGCGAGAUACCCGAACAGGGAUUGCUCUGUGAUCUGCUCUGGUCGGAUCCGGAUGACCGCACAAUUGGAUGGGGUCUCAACAAUCGGGGCGUCAGCUACACCUUUGGGGCAGAUAUCGUCGGCUCGUUUCUGAAGCGGCAUGGCUUCAGCCUCAUCUGCCGUGCCCAUCAGGUGGUCGAGGAUGGCUACGAGUUCUUUGCCAACCGCCAGCUCCUAACCAUCUUCUCGGCGCCCAACUAUUGCGGUGAGUUCGACAAUGCCGGGGCCAUGAUGUGUGUCGAUGAGAAUCUCCUGUGCACCUUCCGCAUCCAGAAGCCCAUGUUCACUAACAAGCGUUAUCCAAAUACGGCCCAGAACACUUUUUUCAAGACCUCCAAUUCAGCGUAAAUCGUACAUCUUAAGUCGAAUAACAUAAGUCGCAUAUCGCAAAUCGUAAAUGGCAAAUCGAAUAUCGUAAAUCGAAUAUCGUAUUGCCAUCAAAGUUUCAGAAUGAGUGCAAACACAGUUGAAUAUAGCCGAGAAAUUCAUUUGUUUCUCCUUUUUACGCAAUUCUGUCUGUCUUAAUACCAAAUUUUAAAGUUUACCGUUUUACAGUGUUGUGUAGCACCCAUAAUUGUUAUGCAUGAAGCAUGGCAAGCAUGGAGCCCACAAUAAAUUGAGAAUAUGUUUUAAAUUU